GAUACAUGCUUGCGUUUUAGAGUAUCAGUGCUCCAAACCGUAGCUACUACGGUAUAACAAAUUUACCGCGAAGAAUCCGAUAUCUCAAAGCACCGUUUGACGAAUUAUUUCACAGAUAUCGAACUUCAAUUUCUCGUUUCGAAAAGAACGAUGCACAAUCGGUUAUCGACCACCUCUCGUUACGAUGCUAUCGACUUUGGUUCUCUUAUUCAAAGAAAUAUCGUUCCGAAGACCUCUCAACUAAUCGAUCCCACAAAAUGGUUGCGGUUUCGACGUGGCUCCAUCUGUAUCGAUUACUCGAAACUAAUCUAUAUAUUUACAUUCGAAUUCAAUACAGAAUAUUACAAAAAAGAUAUUUUAUACAAUUAGCCAGAAGUGUACAAUAAAAAGGUAAAGCACUGUCAAGUUGACUAUCAUCCGCAUACAAUUUACUUCAUUAUUAACAAAAGACUAUUACAGUUAACAAAAGAGAAACGAAUAAUUCGGUAUAAAGGACGGAUAGUGAGUGAAAGAUUACUGUAAAAAUUUGAUCGAGAUUGAAUUGACUUUAAUAAUAUUAGUCGAGAUACGAGUAUUUUGUUAAUAUUUAUCGAGAUAUGCUUCUUCGAAAGCAAACACUGAAGUAUUAAAUCAUUUUAGAAGUAUCAAAUAAUUGUUCUAAACAUAAAAAAUGCAUUUGCCUAGAAAAUACAAAACAUUAUUAUUAUUACUAUUAUGGAGGUUAAGUUCCGUUUUCCUUGUACAAACUGCACACGUACCUGAUGAAUAUUGGCAAUCAUUGGAAGUAGCUCAUCACUUAACAUUUGGAUAUGGAUACCUCACGUGGGAGUGGAUUGUACAUAUUCGCAAUUACAUAUAUCCAUUUUUUAUAUCUAUCAUCUUUCAAAUAUUGGCACUGGUACGUUUAGAUUAUGUAACGGUCUUGACUACAGUACCUCGAAUAGUUCAAGCAGGUAUCAGUGCUUAUGGAGAAUUCAAAUUUUAUGAAUGGACAAAAAACAAAUGGACAUUAUACAGUUUAUGUAUGAAUUGGUAUUGGUAUUAUUGCGCUUCAAGAACGCUUAUAAAUACUUUAGAAACUGCAUUUACUAUGAUAGCAUUAUCCAUGUUUCCAUGGCGUGAUAGUAAUAUUAGGAAUAUGAAUUUUCUAUGGAUCGUAGGUUUUUUAUGUAUGAUGAGACCUACUGCAACUAUUAUAUGGUUACCUUUAUGCAUUUAUCAUUUAUGCACUAGUUCAGAAAAGAAGUUAAUAUUAAUUAGUCAAUACAUCACAAUAUGCAUUGUUUGUUUUAUAAGUUCAACGCUGUUAGAUAGUUUCUGUUAUAAUUCUUUAGUCAUUUCCCCUUGGGAAUUCUUUCGUGUAAAUAUCCUUUACAAGAUUGGAGAUUUUUAUGGAACCCAUCACUUAAUGUGGUACAUUUUCUGUGGACUACCAAUACUUUUAGGACUGUACUACAUUAUAUUUUUAUUAUGCAUUUGGAAGAUAACCAAAUGCUACACAUGUUUCCAUCGCCAGUCAAUUAUGUUACUGGUAAUUUGUUGGACAAUCUUCGUAUAUUCAUUAUUAUCUCACAAAGAAUUUAGAUUUUUAUUACCCCUCUUACCAAUGUUAAUAUUUAUAUGUACUUCUUGUACAAUUCGUAUAAAUGUUAAAUUUACAAAGACAGUAAAGAAAAUCUUCAUAGUUCUAUUGAUAGCUACUAACAUUGUUCCUGGCUUUUACUUCUCUAUGAUACAUCAACGUGGAUCAUUGGAUGUAAUGAAUACCCUUCGUAAAGAAAUUACUGAUACCCAUAAUGAAAUGAACAUACUAUUUUUAACACCUUGCCAUGCUACACCAUUGUACAGCCAUUUACAUGUAAAUGUACCUAUCAAAAUAUUGACUUGUGAACCUAACUUUCAUAAUUCAGCAAAUUAUGUUGACGAAGCGGAUAUAUUUUUUGCAAAUCCUACGGAUUGGCUUAGUCAUAAUUACAACGAGAAGGAAAACAUUACAAUGCCUAGCCAUGUAAUAACGUUCGACGGUGUUACUCCAAAAAUAGGACAAUUCUUAAAAAAUUAUCACCUCAUUUCUGAGAUAUUUUAUACACAUUUUCCUGAAUCAAAUUACGGAAGGUACAUCCAUGUAUAUAAACGCCAACAAGAACACUAAAAUUGAAUUGUAAUAA